UUUAUUGGCUUCCGUACUUGUGUUACAUGUAAACCGCUCCCGCUCUGCGCUGUCCUCGUUGUUACUACUAGCGUUAGCGCAUGUUAAAAAAUGAGCGGAGCAAACAUCAAAAAGGGAUCUUCGGCUCGGUCCGGUAUUACUGACUGGAUUAGUUCAGCGUGUCGCUUUGUAACAGACAGAAACGACUUCAGAAGGAAUCUUCUGGUCAAUGUGGGCCUUUUUGCAGCUGGUGUUUGGGUUGCCAGAAAUCUGUCUGAUUUUGACCUAAUGUCUCCUCAGCCUGUGACAUAAUUUGAUCAAAAUUCAGCAUUGUCAAAGCAGGGUAAUGGUGUCUUGGACCAGUGUUGUGCAACA